UCCGCCUGCUUGUUUCCACCCGAGCACAAAAACAGAGCAGUUGAAAGGUAGUUGUACAGCUGACACAAAGGACUAGUUUAAUGAUGUGGAACUGCUUAUUUUUAUGAGCUUCGGUGAAAUGGACCCGGUGCACAGAGCCGUCCUCCGAAAACACCGGCUGGAGCUGUCCGGCCAGCUUCUGGUCAGCGAAACCAUCGUUCCGUUUCUGUACCAGGAGGAGAUUUUAACGGACGCGCAGGUGGAGGACAUCGAGUCCCGAUCCACGGAGAGACAGAAGACCCUCCGGCUCCUGGACCUCCUGCCGAGCCGCGGGCCCCGGGCCUUCCAAUCCUUCCUGCGGUCCCUGCAGGAUUUCAGUUGGGUCCGGGACCGACUGCUGCAGGAGCUCCAGACCCCACCUGAACCCGGACCCAAAGACGCCUGUCGGCUCCAAGAAUCGGUUCUACAGCGGGUUCCCUCAGAUCGAGAGUUGUCCCAGCUGGCGUUGCAGCUCGGUGCCGAGUGGGAAUCGGUGCUAUUGGAUCUGGGUCUGUCGGCAGAGGUGUUGUUUCGAUGCCGGUCCGAUCACAGCCUCAGUUCUCAGGCGGCGGCGCUCGCUGGGCUGGUGCGGUGGAGGCGGGCUGAAGGGAAGCGAGCGACAGUGGAGAGGCUACUGCAGAGUCUGCAGAGCGCUGGCAUCCAUUCAGCGGUCCUGGAGGACGUUCUGAACGUUUCUUCGUAAUGCAGAGAGACGCAUUUCAAAUGAAGAAAAAGACUGAAAUCUGAAAUAUAAUAUUAGGGAAAAAUAUACAUUUUUACACUUAUGUUCAAGUUUUGAAGUGUUUUCAGGAUAUAAAUCAGAAAAAUCAAAUUUAGAACAAACUGAAGCAGCCCAAGACUAAAAUGUGCCUUUAUUGCUUGUGUCUGUGGGGUUUUAAACUUUUUACAUAAAACUGAUGUGUGAUGCUAGAAUCCUUUUAUUAAACUUUAUAUCCAGAGAACACAUCUUUAGAUGAAUGCUUUGUAGAAAGUCAACAAUAUGAAACAAAAAGAGUAAAUUUGUGGCAUAAAUAUCAACUCAUGACAGUAAAAUCCUGUUGAAGCAACAUAACCUGUCGAAGGUUUGGGAUUAAAGUUCAGUCUGAGAUUAGAUUAUGUUUGAAGAUAAAAAGUCUGGAUUCUGAGAGACUUCAUUUCAAAUGUUGAAGCAGAAAGUCUGACAGAAAGAGCAGAAAUGUAAAGAGAUUUAAAUCCUGAGUUUGUUCUGAAGUGUGUAAAGUGACAGGAUGACGUUUCUUCAUGGAGCUGAAUCAUCAGCAUACAGGAGCAUCCUCACCUGCUCUGCUUCAUGCUUCACUCAUUGUUACUGAGGCCCAGGAUCAGAGACAGAAGGAUUACUGUGAAAUGUGAGUCAUGCUGAGCUGGUCUGUCAGCUGGAAGUGAACAGAAUAAGUUACUGUGAUGAAGCAAUGCACUAUCCCUUUAAAUCCUGAUCAAAUAAAGUUGGACUGAACUUUUUCCUGAGAAAUUAAAUCAAAUGUUUCCUGUAAAAA